AUGGCUCUCCUCAUCCUGCUGUUCCUGCUGCCAAGCCCCUCACAUUCCCAUCCCACUUGUGAUGUCUCCAAAGUGACCAGCUUGCUGGAAGUGAACUGUGAGAACCAGGGGCUGACUGCAUUGCCCGCAGACCUGCCAGCAGACACAGGCAUCCUCCACAUGGGCAAGAACAAACUGGGUGCCUUCUCCACAGCAUCCCUGGCGCACUUCACGCACCUCACUCAGCUGGACCUGGAUGAAUGUGAGCUGACCAGCCUGCAGACUGAUGAGAAACUGUCGAAGCUGGAUAACCUGAAAUUAUCCCACAAUAAUCUGCGAAGUCUGCCCUCCCUAGGUCGGGCUCUGCCUGCACUCACCAUCCUUGACAUCUCCUUCAACCAGUUGGAAUCACUGUCUCCCGGUGUCCUGGAAGGUCUAAGCCAACUCCAAGAGCUCUACCUGCAGAACAAUAAUCUGAGAAGUCUGUCCCCUGGACUCUUCAUGUUCACCACCAAGCUGAACAAACUCAAUCUGGCCAACAACAAAAUAUGUGACCUACCCGCUGGGCUCCUAGAUGGGCUGGAAGAUCUUGACACCCUCUACCUUCAAGGGAACCGGCUUCAUACAAUCCCAAAGGGCUUCUUUGGGACCCUCCUCUUGCCUUUUGUUUUUCUCCAUGGCAACAUCUGGUAUUGUGAUUGUGAUAUCCUCUACUUCCGCAACUGGCUCCAGCAAAAUUCCAACAAUGUCUACUUACGGAAGGAGGGUGAGAAUGUCACUGCCUUGGCCCCUAAUGUGGCCAGUGUAAGAUGUGCCAAUUUGGGCUCUGCACCUGUCUACUCCUACCCAGGGAAGGGCUGCCCUAUCAGUGGUGAUGACUAUGAUAAUUUCUCUGAUGUACCUGCUACAAGGGCUGAGGUCAAAUUCUCUACUAACACCAAAGCCCAUACUACCCACAGGGGCCUACUCUUAGAGACUCCUACCUCUCCAGACAGCCAAAUGCCUUCUUGGCCUCCAACCCACAAACCCACUAACAAACAGUACACAUCCACCCACAUAUAGAUCCCAGGAUUCACCACACUCCCACAGACCAUGAAAUCCAAUGUACACUCUUAUAGUGUAAACCCCAAAACUAUACCCAUCAUCACCCCAAUCACCCUAGAGCCUACCUCUACCCUGACUAGCUCAGAGCCCAGCACCACACCAAUGCUUACAGCCUCCACUCUGACUAUUCCAGAGCCCACCACUUCCACCCUAACUACCCCAGAGCCCAGCAGCACUACCCCAAACACACAA